CACUACUUCAUGGGGUAACAGCGAAAUUUUGUGGUAGCAGACGCAAACAUCUGCCAGCUUCUUUUAGUUACACCAAGCCAUGGACGCUUUGGAAGAAGCCCAGGCGAGACAUCGCAAAGAAAAUAAAGACCUCCAGGGGCGCAUCACCCAAAAAAAGAAGCAGGCCACCAAAAAGACACGUAAAGGUGUCAACGAUGAAUGCGCGGAGCUUGAAAGGCAGCUGAAAGAGGCUCAGGCAGCUGAGCUCGCUGCACUGCGCGGAGAUGCCCCGGAAGACGAGCCAGAGGUAGAAUCCGAGCGAGAGCAUGACGAUGCAAGCGUUGCGCCUACCCAGGACGAGACCCUCGCCGCGGAUCUUCAGAAAACUGCCAUUUCCGACCCCGCACCUUCAGAAGAUGCCCAACCCAAACGCAACCGCCAAAAAGAGCGUCUAGCGCGCCGCGCCGCAGAGCAAGAAGCAGAGGCAAUAAAAGCCCAAGAGGAAGCCGCGAAACUCCCGAACUGGAAGCGUCAAGAAAGGACUGCCAUGCUGAAGGCGUUCAAAACUCACAAGCUGGACGAAAAAGAGAUCCGACCAGAUGGCCACUGUCUAUUUUCGUCUGUCGCGGAUCAACUCGACCAAGCUGGCAUAGAUCUUAGGACAAAGAACGAAGCCGAGAAAACGGAAGCAUUCAGAUACAAGGCAGUCAGGAGGACCGCGGCGAAAUACAUUGAAGGCCACCCCGACGAGUUUGAGGCAUUCUUGGAGGAGCCGCUUCCGGCAUAUGUACAGAAGAUAGAAAAUUCUGCGGAGUGGGGUGGACAAGUCGAGCUUAUUGCUCUUGCGAAGAGCUACAAUGUCGAGAUUUGUGUUCUACAAGAUGGCAGGCUGGACAAAUUCUCCCCCGAGGAGACAGGAGAAGAAGCCAAGAAGAUAUGGCUGGCAUACUAUCACCACGGAUACGGAUUGGGCGAGCACUAUAACUCGCUUCGGAAUGCACCUUGAAUGGUGUCCUAAUUUCUACCAGAUGGACGAAUUUAUUAUUCGAGUAUAGGGUGCGCCCAGACACCAACCCAAUCCGUCAUGUUACCGUCCGCAUCGUAUCCAUCCGCAUGAGUCUUCUGUGGCUGGAAAUGUGCUAUCCUCACGAGGCCGUUGCUCAGCGGUUCGCCCAGCUUGGCGUCAACGAUUCCGCCUUGAUCAUCAUACUCCAGCGUCUUCCCUGGACGGGGCAGAUGCGCCAUAUAUACACUCGGGGGAAGAGCCCAUGGCGGACCUCCCGAGUUGAUAGGUUUAUAAGUUGGAAACUCAAGGCAGAUGAGGCGGCCAGUAGGCGCCAGCAGUUGACUAUAUCGGAGUGACCAAGCUGCCCUCAGAGUAGGCGGCAGCGCGCUUAGAAACUAUUAGAUGAGAUUAGCUUUGGAGUUAUCACCUUGGAUCUAGAACAUACGGUAUAAUCGAACAACACAUCGAAAGU